AAAUGUCAAGUGCUGAAGUGUAAAAUGUCAACCAUCACUGUAUGUUGGAAUCUAAUCCGAAUAAAAAUUGUCGUGAGCUUAGAAUAUCCAGGUGAUGCAUGAUAGGAACACAAGCGACUUGGGUAUGGAAGAUUUGAGGCAGAGGAUUUUGGCAGCCACCGACGAGAUGAAACGGACUCUUUCAACAAAAGUGACAGUGACCCAACUACGUCGUAAGCUACGUGCUUGCAUACGUAACAAUGGCAGGCAAUUUGAACAAGAUUUAUAGUUUUUAAUUACCAACGUUGUGUUUGUUCCAUUAAUUCUUUAUAAAGUACAUGUUUCUCUUUAAUUAAUUAGAUUUCAAACUUUACCGAGCUCAUUUAAUUUAAAAAUUUAGUUGUACCUACAGUACCCUUUGUACG